UACCAGAGUGGCCGAGAAUCCCAACGCGAAAGCAACACAGGCUCAGGGUCUCCCAGACUAGGCCGCAGUAACAUCCAUAGCAGUUCUGUAAGCAGUGUGAGUUCCAGUCCAUCUGGGGUGGUGUUGCUCAGCCAGCGACCCCUUGACCCCUCCCUUCCAACACACAAAGUGGGACCAGGUGUAGAUGGCAGCAGCGGUGACCUAAGCAGCGGUCCUGCAUCACUUGGGUCAGGGGACGAGGGAUCCGGGGCAUCCCUAGGUUCCCAGAGUUCCCUGUCCCUAUCCCACCCCCCUACAGAGAGGUCAAAGCGUUCUCACAUGUGGCAGACGACACCUGUGGUUGACUGGAGCAAGGAGCAGGUGAACCAGUGGCUGAUAGUCCAGGGUCUGGAAGGGUGUGUGGGGCGAUUCCAAGAGAUUGGCAUCACGGGACCAAGACUACUUAAUUUGGACGUGCGGGACUUGAAAGCUCUCGGACUCGCACCUGAUGAUAAGAGCAGGUUGAAGAGAAAGGUCAAGGAACUCAGAAUAGCUGUAGAGAAAGAGAGGAAACAAGUAGAAAAAGAGAAGAAAGAAAGAGAGAAACUCCAAAAGAAAGCUGAGAAACUUGCAGAAAAAGCUGAAAAGAAGAAGAAGUAAAAAUUCUCUGAUUUUGUUAUUAUUUAAACAAAAAAUCUUAUUUGCUUUUUUAAUUAAAAAAACAAAAACAAAUAAACUGUCUAAUGCUCAGGCAAUAGUUGGUAAUUUCCUUCCAUGAAUUAUAUAUUCUAUGACA